AUGCAUCAGCAACAGGAUCAAGAACCAGUAUUGGCCAUGGCGGAUCAGCAGCAGCCUCCGUCGCUAUCGCGGAUUUCCUCCUUGGAAGUAUCCGAAAACGAGAAGCUGAAGGCGCUGAACCAGCGGCUGAUCAAGACCGUGGCGGCCAAGAGGCAGGAUGUGGAGACCUUGGAGCGAGAGAAGAAAGGCCUGCAGUCCGAGUUGGAGAAGCGCGCCGCGGAUUUCCUCGCCGGGAGUGACGAGAUAGCUUGCUCAGAGAUAGAACGGAGCGUCGCGUUCGAGGCUCUUAAGGAAAUGGAGGUAAUCGAGAAGUUGACCGGCGAUGUCGAGUCCGAGAGGGAGAGGUUGAGCAAGAUUUGCAGGGAGAAAUAUGCGAUCGAAAGCGAGCUCUCCGGGAGGGUUGAGGAAGCUGAACGCUUGAAGGCGAUAGUGAAGGAGAUGGAGGAGAAGCAAAAUACGAGCGAAGGUAAAAUUCUUGAACUUAAGGUUGAAAUUGAUGUAUUGAGUAGCCAGAAGAAAGACGUAGAGAAGGAAGUCGAGCUUCUUGAACGAGUUAGGGAUUCUGCUGAGAUGAAUUUGUCGGUUAGGGUGAGUGAAAUCGAAGCUCUGAAAGCUGAGAUUAAUGCGAUUGAGAUUGAGAAGAGUGAUCAGAUCGUCAAGAUUGGUUGCUUGGAAGAAGAAAUCAAGGGAUUGAAUGAUUCUGUGCUGAGUUUCACGACUGAGAAUGGCCUUCUGAGCGAGAAGGUGAUUGAAUUGGAGAUGAGCUAUGGCGAUGCAAUUGAGAAGGAGACAGCAAUGAGAAGAGAGAUCGAUUCCUUGAUUGUAGAACAGAGGGAGAAGAUAAAGAUGGUCGAAACAUUGACAGAGGAAAAGGAUUCUCUCGGUAGGAUGAUAGAUUCCGUUAGUGGAGAAUUGGAGGGUAAGAACCUAUUGAUCGAUAAGCUCUCUCGAGAGAAGGAAGAGAUUGAGGGAAUCUCCAAGAGUAAAGAGUCUGAAGUUGCAGAACUGCUGAAUAAGGUAAGCGAGUUGGCCGGUUCUCUGAUUGCAGCAAAUGACUCCAUAAAGGCCCAAGAAGCUCGAAACAACGAGUUAGCUUCUGACCGUACUCAGUACAGAGAGAGACUGGAGCGAUUGAAGGUGGAGAAACAUGAUCUGCAGUUGGCUUUGGAGGACGAGCAGGGUUAUGGAGUUAACUUGAGGUCUAAACUUGCAGAGGAGGAGAUUAGGAUCGAGGAAGCUGCAGUGAAGCUUGAGAAGGCAAACUCUGAGAAAGAGACCCUAAUGGAAGAGAAGAAGGCAGUGGAAGCCGAGAUUGAAUCCUUGAAGAACCUUAGUGGUGCGAUCGAGAAGAAGCUUGCAGAAACACAUGUUGACCUGCUGAGCAACACUGUGAAAUUGGUCUCCCAGAGCAGCAGCAGCAGCAAUGGAUCUGUAGAUGGUGGUGUGCAGAAGGUUGAAGAACAAGUGGAAGCGAUCAGGAGUUGUUUCAGAGACAAGGAUGCAAAGGUGGAGGAGAUGAAGCAGCGUGUUGAAGCUCUUGAGAAGUCUGUUGCAGAAGCUGAGAAGAAGAAGAGCUUCUGGGCUAUGGUUUCAUCUGUUACUACAGUUGUCGCUGCUGCGUCACUUGCCUUUGCUGUUAAAGUGCGUUAG